CUGCUCUGUAUCAUUUGCUGGUUUUGUCUGAUGCAAAGGUCUGUAUCAUUUGUGCGGUGUUCCUGCACAUAUGAGGGGAUGGAAGGGUGGUAUGGUUAAUCCUACAAUACAGAGCAGGAACACCGCACAAAUGAUCACGGACUGUAAUGUGCAGCAUCUCCAAGGAUCACGGACUCAGGUUGGCGGAUUCAGUGGGACAAAUCCUAGUCGACGGGGGCCGGUAGAAGCAAAAAGUGUAGAAGAAUCGCGAGAUGCCGAUUCACAUGCACGCCCUGGGAGGCCGGAAAAAGGAACUAAUCUAAUCAGGGCCCCAAUUGCCAAUCCAGGACAGGAGAUAUACUAGCCACGUUGAUCGUGGUUAGAAGAGCUUGGAGGAAUCCAGAGGCCUCUCUGAAAUGUUAUAAAAAGGUGUAAAAGAAAAAAGGAAGAGGGCCCUGGGUCCAAUCCUGAGUGCUUUUCUUUUUCACGUGAUGACUUCCCCUGCGGCGUCCGGAAGAUCCAAGGCUCCCAGCCAAAUCCUUGCUCGGUUUCCAGCAGCCGAUUACAAUCUGGAAAGUUCCUAAAAUCACUCUUGUAACAAGUUUUCAGCCGAAAUAAAAAAAGGGCUUGAGCUUGGUUUCAAACCGAUGGCACCAAAAAACUGAUGAAAUAAGGGUCGCGGUAGAAGCGAUGAUCUUCACUGGGAAAAGGGUUCCCGUAAACCUUUUGCCCCUGCAAUCAGUAGGAUCAGAAUGAUUCGAGUACCAGACCUGACGACAAAUAUAUAUACCCUCUAGCCACGGAAGCGCGGGAAGCAUCUCAAAGUCGCUCGACGUCCCAACGAUCGAGCCAGGCCAUCAGCCAUCUCCAUCGCCAUAAGUACUGGGGCAGAGGCGCAACGGCCGCAUCAGGCUGGCAUCUCAGAUACCCCGUCUCGGAAAGGUAAAAACACUCUUGGUUGGCCAGGCGCAGGUACCCUCCCAGCACGGCGGAAUGAUUCGCGUGGACGACCUCAUCGCCGAUCUCUGCGAGCUGCCGGCCAAAGUCAUCGUCGGCAAGAAGAAGCGCAAGGAAUUCCAGAAGGUGGACUUGCUAGUCCGGAUGGACUGCGAGGGCUGCGAGCGCAGGGUACGAAAGGCGCUGGAGGACAUGAAAGGCGUGAGCAGCGUGGAGGUGGACCCGAAGCAGAACAAGGUGACGGUGUCGGGGGAGGUGGAGGCGCCGGAGGUGGUGAAGCGUCUGCGGCGGCGGGCGGGGAAGAAGGCGGAGCCGUGGCCCUACGUGCCGUACGAGGUGGUGCCGCACCCCUACGCGCCGGGGGCCUACGACAAGAAGGCGCCGCCGGGGUACGUGCGCAACGUGCUCGACGAUCCCGACAAGGCGCCGCUCGUCAGGGCAAGCUCCAUGGAGGAGAGGUACACCGCCGCCUUCAGCGACGAAAACCCCAACUCCUGCGCCGUCAUGUGAUGUGACCCAGAUCCAGCAUAGCAUAGUAGGCUUCUUUUCCAUCUCUGUUAGCUCGAUCUCUUCCUGUACAGUUCUGGGAUGAUGUUUUCUAGCUUACUCCGGCAGAUGUAAAUUUUUGUGGCAAUGUUAAUUUUACCAUUUGUGGAACGUUGAGAUGAACACAGCUUGUGCUGUUUGGGUUAAAGGAGGAAGAAUGAUUUGGCUUGGCGAGC